AUAUCCAUCCCAACAGCCAAACGGAAGGGAACCAGAAUCCUGACCACCUUGAGGAGAUGCGCUCCCGGACUGAGGCUAGGUGGCAUUUUAAGUGGUUAGACUUCUGAGCACAUGCCUCCCUGGAGUCUGGGGUGUAGCUAUGGCUACACUGUGAUAAAGCUGGCACAGCUAGGAGAAAGCCACUUAUGAGGUCACCAUCCUAGUCCUUCCAGAACUCCCCAGACAGGGGAAUGUGACCCACUUGGGAGCCCCAUGGCUCACUUUACACAGCGUCUUCUGAAAAACUUCAUCAUCAGAACUCAGUUUGACAGCGUCAAGAGGAAACAGUGCCUUCAGUAUCUGAACGCUCUGAGAACACUGCAAUACGAUGGAUAUAAGACUGUGUAUUUUGGGGAAACAGAGAUCCCAGAAACUCUUGUCACUGGGGAAGACUUUAAUGAUGGCUAUUACAUGCACACUCCAACCUGGUGUAUCCUGCACGCUGGUGGCAGUCAAGGAUGGGUGCCCUGGAAAUACCGGAUGUUCCUAAGAGAUGACCUAUGUAUCAAACAGGAAGACAGCCUCUUCUUUGAGUUCUGUGAUGUUAUAAAGAAGACCUAUGGGAAGUGUGCCAUUGUGGUUAAAGGCAGAAAGCAGCAAGAUGAGAUGAAGCUGAAGACUGACAAGGAGGGAGAGCCCCAUGCCUAUGCUCCAACAAGCAUUCCUCUAACAAGCAUCGUUUGUUCCUCUGGAGUGGCCAAGUCCUAUGGCCAUGAGCUAGUCUCUCUGCCGUCCCCUUAUAAUUACCUGAACCCUUUGGACUCAGCCUGGUCCUCCGUGAAAUGGUUUAUCAUCAACAACAGGAAAGAGUUUUGCCUGCAGUCCACCGACAACGUCUACCGCUACCAGUACAUCCUCAUCAGUGACUUGAUCAGCAAAGGGAUUGAGAAGGUCAGCACGAGCAAGUGGAAGGCCUUCGUGAACAAAGUGCGGCGGUGGGAGAACUACUAUCUCGGGAAGUUUUCCUAAGGGCGGUUCCUCCACGAAGCGCCAAGCCGAACGGCCUUUGCUGCUAGCUGCGGAGUUUAACUCUGACUCACUGCCGCC